GGCAGAGCGAGUGCAGCAGGCGGCUGCUUUAUGUCGCUGUUUUAUUGCUUAUUCCGUGUUUCCUGAUGCCGUCUAUCCAUCACUGCAGAUGAUAUGAUGGAUAUAUACAUAUAAGAAUAGGGUGUCUGAUCUGGUGCUCGAUCUUAAUGGGCGAAUCAGGGACACGCCGCUCCACCCUGGUCUCCAGGCUUCCCAUCUUUAGACGUAGUGUGCGAAAGAGGCAGGACUCGCUCCCUUCCUCGCCCUCCUCCGGUGGUGUCGGCAAUGGCGUCCACACUUCCUCUCCCUCCAGCACCAACUCCAGCUCCAGCAGCACGAGCAAGCGCCGCAGCUUCUUCCACACACCGUCCCUCAGCUUCCACUGCAAAAGAAACAGCGACCCGACCCAGCUCAGCCUGGACAAUCGUAGCCAGGGAUCUGAAGCCACCUUUCAAGACAGUUCCAUCUCAAAGACGCGCCAUUCCUUUGGAUUUGGCCGACAUAAAAAGAAGAUCCCCCGAUUCUCAGACGGAAGACCUUGAGAAAACGUCCACCAAUCGCAGCAUGUUUAUUAAUUGCAUCAGCUCAGGGACCAAUGAGGGAGAUGAUUCAGGGUUCCUCGAUGAUGUGAGCAGCAAGAGGUCUUCCAAGCAUAAGAAGCAGCUGCUGCCCAAAUCCUUAUCAGCUCACCAACAGUUUUCUAAGAAUUUGUCCAAUGUCCCAGACCAGGGUAAAGAUCAGGAAGCUGCGGAAGAUCCUCCUAAAACUGGUACUCCAGGUUCCUGGCCUGGAGAACUGGUUGAGAGUUCUCUACAGUCGCCCAUGAUCUCAGAAGACCGCACCACGGCAGUAACACCAUCCGAUUUUGUUCACGUUACCGAAGACUCCGUUUCGGAAGUGGAUGCUUUGCCAGCCCCAAGUCCAGCUGCUCCACCAGAAAACUUCAGCCAAGCUGUUUCUACCUCACAGGUGUCUUUCACCCCAGCCCAGGCCAGCACGGAAAAGCACUUACUGCCAGAUACCAGCCACACAGCCAACACACAGUGCGAGAGCACCACUGCCCAUACCGAACCUGUGACGCUGCAAACAGUGAAAGAGCUGAACCUUGACACAAACCCUGACCAGUCAGAGGCCAGUGAGAAUGAGCAAGCUCCACAACUGAGUGAGGACAGCAGCUCCAAUCCAGACGCCCGUGAGAGGCGGUCCAGGAACACCGUGCUCAUCCAGCAGGCAGGAAGAUCAUCAGGCCUGAGCAAAACUGGAGACCAGGCCAAGUUACCUGAGAAAGCCGCACACAGGUACUAA